AUGACGAUAAAACUAGAGCCAUCUUUUGAAGCACUUUUGAAGGUGAUGCCGACAACGGAUGUUAUCGACUACAAAGCUAUACGCCAGCAAAUGAAGGAUACAAGCAUGGUGCCUCAGCACUACAUUUCCAAUAUGGUCGAGGAAGAAAAGUAUAUCCCUACGCGUGCAGGUGACAAUUUAAGACUGGUCAUUACUCGCCCUGCCCAUUUAACGCAUGAAGCUGAGACUCUUCCCGUUAUUCUCCACAUCCACGGUGGUGGUUGGGCAACAGGUUGCCCUGAAGCCUACAUACCAAUGCGUUCAACGUUUACCAACGAUGCACAAGCCAUUGUUAUCUCCAUUGAUUAUAGCCUAAGCCCUGAAGUACAGCAUCCAGUGGCACUUGAAGAGUGCUUUGAUACGCUUGAAUGGGUACUCAAUCAAGGCAAUGCAUUACUCCAUGGUGCGAAUACAUCAAAAAUUGCUGUCGUGGGAGAUUCCGCUGGUGGAAAUUUGGCUGCUGCAUUGUGCUUGCUUGCCAAGCAACGGGGACUUGAAAAUGCGAUCCAAUUUGCAGCUCUUAUGUAUCCAGUGAUUGAUGCCAACUUUGAUACCGAGUCCUACCAACAAUUUGGUAAAGAAGGUUACCUCCUAAGCAGCAAAGGAAUGCAAUGGUUCUGGGAUCAAUAUGUACCUAAUCACGAGGAUCGUCAGAAUACGUUGGUAUCACCCCUGCAGGCAUCCCUUGACGAACUCCGCGGCUUACCACGCACAAUGAUCAUCACUGGUGAAGUCGAUAUCCUUCGUGAUGAAGCUGAAGCUUAUGCUCACAAGUUGAUGGCAGCGGAUGUUUCGGUGGUUGCCACUCGCUAUCUUGGAGCCAUUCACGGCUUUUGUAGUUUUGCUGAUGUGAGCCCUACUGGCAAAAGUGCAGUGAGACACAUUGUACAAGAACUAAAGAAUACGUGGGCAGCAUGA